GUUUAUGUUCAACAGUACAUUGACAUUUUUAACAUAUUUAUAAUUAUGGCUUCUGAGAGUACUGAUAAUUCUCCAAGUAAACCACCUACAGAUCCACCCCCAAUUUUUUCACCUCCUUUACCAGCUAGACCACCUAGACCAUUACCUCAGCCCAAACUCUUAAAUUCCAAUGCGGACAUAGCACGAACAAAAGAAUUGCAUGAUUUAGAAUGUGAACAGGAAAUUGAUGAAAUGUCGCAACAAAUGACUGCUUCGUACAGUGAAAUAUCAUUUAAUUCGAGUGGAAGUCCUGUUUCUGAGUGUGGCACUGCUGUUUCGUUUGGCUUAGAUCAAAUUGAUUCUCCAAUUCAAGUUCCUGAUUUACCUGAUCAUAUUAAACAUCGACCCGAUAGUUUACAGUACGAUAAGGCCCAAGGAAAAAGUAUUGCAUCCAAAAAUAUAGGUUGUCCUGAUUUACAUGGAACAAUACAUGUGGAUGGUAAUAUGACAUACUUCAUUGCAGAAGAUUUAGAGUAUAAGAUUAAAUUAUCAAGUCCCAUUACGAAAAAGAGUGAUUAUACGAAUUUUCCUGGAACAUCACGUAGUGGUACACCGAAUAAUUUAUAUCGACAAAUAUUAGUACCACAAUUUACACAGAUUGAUGUAAAUAUUCUAGCGGAUUUAGAAUGUGAAGCACAACGUAUGGCAACAUCUAUUGAUAAUCUAACAGAAAAUCUAGGUGGUAUACUUCAUUCGAUGUCUUCGAUAACUGCCGAUAAUGUUGACAUUUAUAAAGAUGCGGUUUCAAAAAUGUCUGAUGCAAUGGACUUAAAUAUAAAAGGAAUGUACACUAUUAUAGCAAAAGCUGAAGAAGUAUCUCAUACUAUGAAAAAUGUUCAAUAUCAUGCGGAGAGAAUAAAAGAGAUAAAACGACUUGUGGACUUAUUCGAAAGUAAUCUUUAAAUAAUACAACUUCAAUUAUCUGAAUUUCUAUUAAAAAGUGUAAAUAAUAUUUGCAGUUUAAAAAAAAUCAGCGUAUUUUAUUCUUAAAAAAUGUAAUAGAGGUUAUGUAACAUAA